CUAGAAUUCUAAUCAGUCUUAGUUCUCAUUCUCUUCAGAAAAAAAAAAUGGGAUCAAUAGUGGGUGAUAAGCCUCAUGUAGUUUGCAUCCCAUUUCCUGCACAAGGUCAUGUGAACCCAUUCAUGCAAUUAGCCAAGCUUCUUCACUCAAAAGGCUUUUACAUAACCUUUGUCAACACUGAGUUCAACCAGAACCGCUUGAUCCGGUCCAAAGGAUCCGAUGCCGUCAAGGAUAUGCCUCGUUUCCGGUUCGAGACGAUCCCGGACGGGGUGCCACCGUCGGACCCUAAUGCAACACAGAGUGUGACUGAGUUGCUUUAUUACACUAAGAAACACAGUGUAGUCCCACUUAGAGACCUUAUUUUGAGGCUCAAUUCCACCACUUCUCAUGAGAAAGGUGUGCCUCCUGUUAGUUGCAUAAUUUCUGAUGGAAUCAUGUGCUUUGCUAUCAAAGUGGCUAGGGAGCUGGGGCUUCCUGUGACUCAGUUCUGGACUGCUUCCACUUGUGGAUUCCUGGCUUAUCUUCAAUUUGUCGAGCUGGUCAAAAGAGACAUUUUCCCACUCAAAGAUGAGAAAAACAUAAGCAACGGGUAUCUGAAUACUCCUCUGGAGUGGAUACCAGGAAUGAAGCAGAUGAGAAUGAAGGACAUGCCAAACUUUGUCCGGAGCACGGAUAAAGAUGACAUCGCCUUUAACAGAUGGUUAGAGGAAGCACAGGACAACUUGAAAGCUGAUGGUAUUCUGUUCAAUACGUUUUAUGAGUUUGAACACCAAGUCUUGGAUGAAAUCUCUUCUUUCUAUCCUAACAUCUACUGCGUCGGCCCCCUCUUUACGCUCUGCAAAACCCUUCCCCAAGAUGAAGAAGUAACGACGAGAGGAUCGAGCCUCUGGAAGGAGAACACUGAAUGUCUAACUUGGUUAGACAAACAAAACCCUAAUUCUGUGAUCUACGUCAACUUUGGAAGCAUUGCAGUGAUGACUGCCCAGGACUUGAAGGAAUUCGCGUGGGGGCUCGCGAACAGCGGUCACCCGUUCUUGUGGAUUCUAAGAGGCGAUGUUGUGAUGGGAAAAUCAGCAAUCUUACCAGAUGGGUUUAUCGAGAAUACUAAAGAUAGAGGUUUAAUUGUUAGCUGGUGCCCUCAAGACAAAGUGCUGGCGCACGCAUCCGUGGGAGCGUUUCUGACACAUAGCGGUUGGAACUCCACGGUUGAAGGGAUAUGUGGAGGGGUGCCAAUGAUUUGUUGGCCAUUUUUCGCAGAGCAACAAGUGAAUUGUAGGUAUGCUUGCACCACUUGGGGGGUAGGGUUGGAGAUAGACAGUAAUGUUAAGAGCGAACAAGUUGAAGGGCUUGUGAGAGAAAUGAUGGAAGGCGAGGAAGGGAAGAAGAUGAGGGAGAUGGCUUUGGAGUGGAAGAAGAAAUCCGAAAUCGCGGGGGCCAAAGGAGGAUCGUCUUUCAAGGACUUUCAUCGGUUCGUCCAGGACCUUCUGCAGCUUGCGGAUAAUGGCAAGAUCGAUCGUUGAAAAAUUAAUAUUAUGGUCAGUACGAACUAAUUAAUUAAAGAUGCCUAUUAAUUAUUAGUUAAAUUUAAGUGUUACGCUUGUCCACAAACAGGAAAAAAGGGAAAAAAAAAAAAGAAAAAAAAAAGAAAGAAAGAAGGAUUAUUUAAAGGUGUUUUAUGUAUGCUCUCUACGUACUGAAUAUUAAUAAAGGCCAGUUUCUAUUAA